GCUGACGAUGGAAGAAGAAGAUGUGAACUCAAGCCCUAAUUUUGUCGCUGAAGAAGAACCGGAGAAGAAGGGUCGCUGCUCGUAAGAAGUGAUUUCACCCAAGUCCUAAUUGCGACUUAAGUGCCUUUUUCUUUUCUUUUUUUAAAAUAGCGACGCUACGCUCGCUUCUCACCACACUGUCGCCUCUCGCUACACAAGCACAGGCGACCGCUAUUUUGAAUCGCAACGCAACAGGCCCUCUGUAGCGACACACGCUCGCCUCGCAUCGCUACACGCUUUUAGCGCUGUAGCGAGCGCUAUUUAUAACACUGGCUUAAUGAUGUCAUGUUGUUUUACACCAGAAAUAAUUAGAUAGAACAAUGCACUUGAACGUUUUGCUUCACAUUAUCCAACUUGAAAGUCAAUACUAUAUAGCUUGAAAUGCUGGCUUAUUGGCAUGACUGACUAUAGUAGCCUUGAAGCUUUUUUUUCUUCUUUUUGUUAGGGUCUGACCGUUCUUGUUUGCUUGCAUGAAAUGCGUAGGUGGAUCAUCCAUUUUCUCAUUGAAAAACACUGUUAUUUCUUUGAGUAUUGAAUGUACGUAACGACUGUGGAAUGGCCAAAAUCCAUUUUGUAUGGGAAUAUAAUGUGUUUUAACCUUUUUUUAAAGUCCAAGGUGUGAGUAGAUCCUUAUUGCAUUUCUGUUGCUUUCUAUAUUACACUAUUCAAAGCUGUCGCUAUUUUGCAUUAUCCGCUUUUGUAAUCGCUUUGUGGUUCAUUGGUUAAGAUGAAGUCCUACAUUUGGCUCCAAACUGCUGAUGGAUCGAUCCAACAAGUAGAGGAAGAGGUUGCCAUGUUUUGCCCAAUGAUAUGCAGAGAAGUACUUCAAACUGGCACAGGAUCCUCGAAAAAUUGUGCAAUAUCACUUCCUCAACGAGUCAAUGCUGCUAUUCUGGGCUUAAUACUGGAUUAUUGUCGGUUUCAUCAAGUUCCUGGCCGUUCUAAUAAGGAGCGCAAGACUUUUGAUGAAAAGUUCAUCCGGUUAGAUACCAAGAAGUUAUGUGAGCUGACAUCUGCUGCUGACAGCCUUCAACUGAGGCCUCUGGUUGACCUUACAAGUCGUGCACUUGCUCGGAUGAUUGAAGGCAAAACUCCCGAGGAAAUACGUGAAACUUUUCAUUUACCUGAUGAUCUAACAGAGGAGGAGAAGUUGGAACCUUUGAGAAAUAUGACCGAUGAUCCACGCAUACGCCUUCUCAAUCGACUUUAUGCAAGGAAAAGGAAAGAAUUAAAAGAAAGAGAGAAAUUAAAGAAUGUUGAGGUAGAAGAAGAGCAGCAUGUGGAUGAACGAUCAGUUGAUGAUCUUCUUUCGUUCAUAAAUGGGGAAGAUGAAGAUUCUAAGGGUGUAAGAACAACAAAGAGUAAAAAGAAAAAUAGGAGGAGAAAAGAACAAGCUAGAAAUUCCUCAACAAAUAAUGAAACUGGUAACCAUAAUCAGGAAUCUAGCUUUCCUGCAUCUAGCUGCCUGAAUGGUGAUGUUCCUUCUCCAAGUAAACCUUCUGAUCUGCAAGACCCUGCAUUUGAUGAAGGCGAUAUUGACGACGAAUUAGAUCCUGUAAUGAAGGAAGAAAUUGACAGGGACCAUCCAGUUAUUUCCCCCUCCCCAGUGGCCAUCAAACCCUUCAUGCCAGCAUGGGCUGCUGUGGCUUUUUUAGGGGAGGUUGAGGAUUUUGCUAGGAGACUGAACUCUGUUUGGCCAGAAAGAAUGCAGGAGAUUUUGUCUUUUGGUCAAGAGAGGAGGCCUGUACCAGUAUCUGUGAAUGGGAAUGAUUCCCUAAAGAGAUAUACAGCAGGUUUGGAUGGGAGAUAAUGGUUCAAAUGGUGGAUGAUGAAUCUUUUGGAUUCAGUCGAGCUUAACAUGCCAGCUUUCUGUGUCUACUGUUGCCACUAAAGACGGUAACAAUUCAGUGUUUAUUGCUUGUAAAAUUCAUUCCACUUGUCGAGCUGCCAAAAGUGAUUUCUAAUCCUGGGGAAAUGACCUGAAUGGCUGAAGUUUAUGGGAAUUUCGAGAUACAAGGAAAGUCUCUGUUGUAUGUGGUUUCAUGGUAACCACCAUUUCAUUUGUCCUGCAUUUCCAAAUACAAGUUCCAAUUUUGCAAAAAUUUCCCAAUCUUAGAUUUGUUUUCCUAUUCUUUAAUAAGUUAGUUCAAAUUAAGCUGUGUUAAUUUUUCACUCAUUCUUUUUUUUUUUUUUGGGUCUUUUCAAUUUAAUGUUUCUUGAGCUGUGUUAUAUUCAUGAGGAAUAUAAUAUGAGCAUUUUUGCCAUGAAAUGGCUUUAAGUGCUUGUGGGUUCUAUGCUUCAAUUCCGUAUCAUUAUGUCGUGUUAAUGUGUAUGUAAAUUUUGUACCUUUGUUAUUUCUUAUUGAUAUUAAAUUUAGUGGA